CACCUUAAGCUUGGGCCACCCCACCGCCUUUUGGUAGAGCAGCUGGCAGCUGCCUCACUGAGCCGCGUCGCGCCGGCAGUUCUUACACUAUUCAACCUUUUAUCUUUGGUCUUAUUCAACGACAACAACCACCUGAUCACCAGCAACUUUGAAUAGCUCAGUCGCCAUCUUCGCAGCAACACCUAUACACUUCGACUUUGGGGGAAUAUUGCCUCUUGUAUUGCUGCCAAUUUUUUCACAAAGUUGCUGCAACACAUCCACCUCCCUGCUCUCGAUAUAAUUCUUGCAAGCAGUUUUACAAGAGACGUGGGUUCCUGGAACAACUAACAAGAUAUUCGAUCACGUACACUUAUCACCUCCCGCAAUGGCCUCCAAGCGCAAAGCUGCCGCCAUGGCCUCGGCUACUGUAACCGAGGAGCCUGUUGACCCCAGUGACGAGCUGAUGUUUCUCUGUCUUGGAGGAGGCAAUGAAGUUGGCCGUUCAUGUCAUAUCAUUCAAUACAAGGGAAAGACAGUCAUGCUUGAUGCCGGCCAACAUCCCGCCUAUGAUGGGCUUGCAGCCCUUCCGUUCUUUGACGACUUUGACCUGAGCACUGUAGAUGUGCUUCUCAUCAGCCAUUUCCAUAUCGAUCAUGCUGCCUCAUUACCCUAUGUCUUGGCAAAGACAAACUUCCGCGGUCGUGUGUUCAUGACACAUCCCACUAAGGCUAUCUACAAGUGGUUGAUCCAAGACAGCGUCAGAGUCGGCAACACAUCGUCCAACCCAACAACGCAGCUGGUCUACACAGAACAAGACCACUUGAACACAUUUCCCCAGAUCGAAGCCAUCGACUAUCAUACAACACACACCAUCUCGGGCAUUCGGGUGACGCCAUACCCAGCCGGCCAUGUGCUCGGCGCAGCCAUGUUUCUUAUUGAGAUUGCAGGUUUAAACAUCUUCUUCACUGGCGAUUACUCCCGCGAGCAAGAUCGUCACUUGGUAUCAGCCCAAGUGCCAAAAGGCGUGAAGAUCGAUGUCUUGAUCACCGAGUCAACAUACGGCAUUGCCUCCCACGUCCCACGUUUGGAGAGAGAACAGGCCCUCAUGAAGUCCAUCACAGGCAUUCUCAACAGGGGUGGCCGUGUUCUGAUGCCCGUUUUUGCCCUCGGCAGAGCCCAGGAGCUUCUUCUUAUUCUAGAUGAAUACUGGGACAAGCAUGCCGAGUAUCAGAAGUACCCAAUCUACUACGCCAGCAACCUCGCCAGGAAGUGUAUGCUGGUGUACCAAACAUAUGUUGGUGCGAUGAACGACAACAUCAAGCGUCUGUUCCGGGAGCGCAUGGCUGAGGCUGAGGCGUCUGGUGAUGGUGCCGGUAAGGGUGGGCCGUGGGACUUCAAGUUCAUCCGCUCGCUCAAGAGCAUUGAUAGGUUUGAGGAUGUGGGCGGGUGCGUGAUGCUUGCCAGUCCCGGUAUGCUGCAGAACGGUGUCAGCAGGGAACUUCUUGAGCGGUGGGCUCCCAGCGAGAAGAACGGUGUUAUCAUCACCGGUUAUAGCGUGGAGGGCACGAUGGCCAAGCAGAUCAUGCAGGAGCCCGAACACAUUCAAGCCGUCAUGUCGCGGAAUACCGGUGGAGGCAGGCGAGGCCCUGGAAGAGACGCCGAGAAGGUUUUGAUUCCGAGGCGUUGCACCGUCCAGGAGUACUCUUUUGCCGCCCAUGUCGACGGCACCGAGAACAGAGAGUUUAUUGAGGAGGUUGCGGCACCUGUAGUGAUUCUUGUCCACGGUGAGGUUCACAAUAUGAUGCGUCUGAAAUCCAAACUGCUCUCUUUAAACGCGACCAAGACAAGCAAGGUCAAGGUUUUCAGUCCCAAGAACUGCGAGGAGCUCCGCAUUCCAUUCAAGACCGACAAGACUGCCAAGGUUGUCGGCAAGCUUGCGUCGAUCCUACAGCCUCUGAGCUCCCCCGAGGAGCCCCAGCUCAUCACCGGUGUUCUCGUCCAGAACGACUUCAAGAUGUCAUUGAUGGCGCCUGAAGAUCUCCGCGAAUUCGCUGGUCUUACCACCACAACCAUCUCUUGCAAGCAGCGCAUGAGGCUCAGUGCCGCGGGCGUCGACCUGAUCAAGUGGGGCCUGGAAGGAACAUUUGGUACCAUUGAAGAGCUCCCAAUCUCCAAGAAGCUGUCUUCAAAUGGAGAAGACCACGACAUGAAUGGCUCUGGACAGGAGGUGGCCGACGAGGAGCUUUCCGUCGACGAAGUACUCGCUGCCUAUCUCGUCAUGGGCGUAAUCACGGUUCGCCACCGGUCCAACGGCGAGGUCGAAAUUGAGUGGGAAGGAAACAUGCUCAACGAUGGUAUCGCAGAUGCGGUAAUGGCCGUCUUGCUAGCCAUCGAAUCCUCCCCAGCGGCAGUAAAACGCUCUGCCUCCAAAAACCCACAUUCCCACUCUCACUCGUUCAAUCUCCCCGUUCGGAACCUGCACUCUAACCUCUCCGCUACUGAACGCCUCGAGCGCCUCAUGCUCUUCCUCGAGGCCCAGUUCGGGGCAGACAACGUCUCCCCCAUCGCCGAGCCCAAUCUGUCCCCUGUUCCCCCUCCCCAGCCAAAGAUCAAAUCUUCCGAGGGUGACGACGAAGAAGCAGACGCCAGCAUGGACGUCUCCGAGGACGAGGAGCAUGGAGCUACGCAGCUGGCCCAGAGAAGAGAGGCCGAGCUGGCGAGGCUGCACAAACUGGGCAUUCCCGUGCCAGGGAUCAACAUCAGGGUGGACAAGAUGGAGGCCAAGGUUUGGCUGGAGGGUCUGGAGAUUGAGUGUGGCAACAAGGUGUUUGGAGAUCGGGUGAGGGCCGUGGUGGAGAGGGCCGUUGAGGUUACUGCGCCUCUGUGGGGGUAAACGUCUCCACACAAAAUAUGACGGGUUGGUGCAACAGAAGGCAUUAUUUAGGAUUAUCGGUUUUCUCAAUGGCUAAAACGAUGACUGCCUGGAAUGGGGUGAGGUUGUGUACUAAUUGGAGAGUGUUUAUUGGCGUUGUUGGCAGACCUCUGCGCUACAAAGUAUGAUGAUAACCAUCCUUACUUAGAAGAGAAUAUGCUACAGGUGUGAGAUAUGCAACCCAACCUGGAAGAUGUCACCACACGACCCCUGAAGCGGCCCAGAAA